AUGCCAAACGACACCAGCAACGGUAUUUCGACAGCAUCUGCACCUGGCGCAGACCUCCCCUCGACCUACCGCGCCUACACCUUCCACUCCCACGGCGACCCCGCCGACGUUCUUUUCCUCACCACCCUCCCCCUCAAACUCCCAUCCCCAACCCAAGUCCUCAUCAAAGUCCACACCUGCGCCCUCAACCCCAUAAGCUCGAAACUAAUGGUUGCGAGUUGGCUACCAAUCGUCCAGUUACCGUGUACACCCGAACUAGACUGCUCCGGGACUGUGGUCGUUGUGGGAAAGGAGGUGAGGUGUGUGCGGGUGGGGGAUGCGGUGUAUGGUUUCGUGGGGUUGAUGGAGCAGAUUAGGGAGGGGAGGGGGACAUUUGGGACGUAUGCGCUGUUGGAGAUGUGUCGCGUGAGUAAGCUCCCGCGGGGCAUGAAAAUGGAGGAAGCAGCAGGGUUGGGAGCGACGGGUAGCAUAGCCCUGCAAUCUCUCAUCGAUGACGGCAAACUGGAACAGGGGCAGCGGGUAUUUGUCAAUGGCGCGAGCGGAGGAAUCGGUUCGAUGGCGAUUCAGAUCGCGAAGGGGAUCGUGGGGAAGACGGGUUUCGUGUUGGGAAGUUGUGAUUUCGCGAGGGGGUGUACGGUGAUCGAGUUAGGUGGUGACGACGUAAUCGACUACACCAACAGUCCCACCCGUCUCAUCGACGAUCUCCGGUCCCGCUACAGCAAACCCAACCAACACUUCGACCUAAUCCUCGAUACCGUCGGCGUCGACGAGUUGUACGGGCGGUGUUGCGCCUACCUCAAACCCACCGGAAAAUACAUCACAUUCGGCGCCGACGCGUCAUCCAUGACAGACUCCAUCGACAUGCUCGCGACGAUGUUCUCCAGUAUGGCUAGACCACGGCAACACCCCUCCGCACCCCGCGAAUUCUUGUACUCGCAACUCAAGCCUACGAGGGAGAAAUUUGAGAGGUUGAAUCGGAUGGUGGAGGAGGGGAAGUUGAGAGUGUUGGUUGAUUCGAAGCAUAGUUUUGGGAAGAGGGAGGAGGUCUUGGAUGGGUAUGAGAUUUUGAUGAGUAGGAAUGCGAGUGGGAAGGUUGUUGUUACGAUGUGA